AUGCAAUUUCAAGCACAGAGUCUCAAACGUAAACUUGAUAGUGAAGAUGAAAAUCGCGAAGAUAUUUUCAUAUACAAACGACAUAAUCACAGUGUUGUCACGGUCGAUAAUAGCAUUCAAUCCAAUGAAUCUUCGUUCGUAUCAACUCCAACAACUGAGGAUGAAAUGGAUAUUGACACGCCUCUUUUCAUUAAUCCAAGCUCAACUGCAGCAUUCAAUUCAAAUCCAAAUCAAUUUCAUCAUCAUCAAACAGAAGUGAUACCUGCAAUAAUGAUGAGCGUAAUGAAGCAUCAGACCCCAUCACCAUCAAUUUGUUGCGUUAAAGAUAAUCAACACGAGAAGUUAAUUCGUUUCGGUUGCAUGUAUUAA